GCAAUAAACUUUACGAUAAAUGGGAGCACAAAUGUAAUAGUGCAGUAUGAAGAAUAUUACAAAAGCGUGACCAAAUAUCUGAAAGAUUCCGCAAAUGCAACUGCAUUGAAAAAUUACGUAGGCUGGGUAAUAGUCAGAGGCAUGGCUGAAGCGGAAGCAACUAGUCUUCACGCAUACUUGUUAGAAUACAAAAACAAGACAGCUAUAUCUUCGAGGCCUGUAAAAAAGGAAGACAAUAAGACGCUUUGCAUGCGUCAGCUGCUGCAGCGUAAUGUCAUGUACACGGCAGCAGCAAAUUUUUACAGUAAGAAUAAGUUUGACAACGACUCAAAGGCAGAAGUAAUGAAGAUAAUGAAGUAUGUGAAUAUCACGUUUCAGUACAUAAUUAAAAAUAACAGCUGGAUGUCGGAAACAACCAAAAAGGCAGUGCUCAAACGGCUGAAUGAAAUAAAUCUUGUGGUGGGAUAUCCCGACUGGAUGCUGGACGAGACCACCAUUAAUAACCUGUACCAAUUUGUUCCGAACAUUCAAGAGCAAGAUUCGUUCAUCAAACACUUCUUCCAUCUUCAAGAGAAUGACCACAAUCAGAAGCUUCUUAAGCUUACCUCAAAAUACUUUAACAAAUCAUACGAAGAAGUCGUCCUGCGCUCACACGCAUUUUAUGAUGGAGUUACAGAAACUAUAGCCUAUCCAGCUGCUGCGCUUGCCACUCAUUUUAGAAAGUCUCCUAUACCCAGGUCCGUUAACUUUGGAACCGUAGGAACCAUUCUUGCACAACUACUAUCUACAGCAAUGGACAGAUACGACAAAAAGCGCAUAAAUGGCAGCAUCGUUGAAAUCGAAUUCUGGGAUAAUCAGACGACGACAAGUUUCUGCAGAAACUCCAAGUGUCUGAACAAUUCUGAACAAUGCAGUGACAAAGGAGAUUGUUACAGUGCGAGCCAUCAGAAGCUACGCGAUUACGUUGGAGUACGGGUAUCACACACGGCACUAGAACGAAGCAAACAGAACUACACAGGGCCGUUUUUGCUAGAUAACGAGACGUUGAACACCGAGGACAAGAUAUUCUUUACUUUCUUUGGAAGUCUCUACUGUCCGUACAGCGUAAAUGAAAACGAUUUAAGCGAAGUCAAGAAAACGGUGAAGUCUGUCCAAGCAAGAGCGGAUGACGAAGGAAUCUCCUUCCCAAAAAGCUUGAACGAAAUUGUGUCCAUCUACCACAAGUUCAACGAAACGUUCAGUUGCAACGGAACUGUCAAUGACACGUGUAACUUGGUUCCUGAAGAGAAGCUAUCGAACGACGAAUGUUGACUGAAGUUGGGUUGAGCACCUUUACGGUCACCUUUUUGUGUUAAAUGAAAUGAACGUUCGAUUCAACUUCAAA